AUGGCAUCUGAUAUGAGAGCACCUAGCAGUGGCAAAAAGAGUGAGACCUCCCAUGGCGUGGAGAAGUGUGGGGUUUCUGAUCAAGCUUGUCAUGGCAAAUGCCAAAGCUGUGACAUUGAUGUAAAACCUUGUGCUGGAGUGGAUGGAGUGUCCUCGUUGACUGGCAGUCAUAUUGAUGUGAAGGCCUCAAAAGAGAACUGCAGAGCAUGCAGUUUUAACAAUGACCGUGCUGAUGCUUUAGAAGAAGAGGUCAAGGGUUCCACAGCGAGGAUAGGUCAUGUUGAGAGUGCUGAUCCUGAUGGCUGUGUGGAUGUAAAAAAGGAAAGUUUCAUGGCUGUUGAUGAUCUACCACAGGACUCUGAGGGGGAGCAAGCUGGGGCAACACUGGAGGAUCUGUUUUUCUUUAAUGGUAAAGAGGAAGAUGACAGUGAUUGGGAACCUGCUAGUCGCCUUGUUGAGAAUAGAUGGUUUUGCUUCAACUGCACAAUGCCAAUUGUGGACGAGAUUACACAUAGCAUGGUCACUCCAGCUGGAUACUCUUGGAUGACAUCCCUGCUAGCUGAUUGCUCAAAUGGAAGAUUGUUGGUGAUACUUGAGGGAGGAUACAAUCUCCGGUUGAUAUCCUCAUCAGCUACUGAAGUUGUUAAGGUCCUACUUGGGGAUGGUCCAAAUCGUGCUUCAUUUGUAGGUUCACCAUCAAGAGAGGCCUUGAAGACUGUUUCUCAAGUCUUGAAGAUUCAACAACAAUUUUGGCCAGUUUUAGGUCCAACAUAUGCAUCACUACAGGCACAGCAGGGGUCGGUUUCUUCCAAUCAUAGUAAUGAGCUGAAGAAAAGGAAGCAUUCAGGAGGAUUAGGGCCCUUCUGGUGGAAGUUGGGAAGCAAAAGGCUUAAUCAAGGGGUCUGGAGAAGGAAAAGCAACUGGUUUCAGCAGCACCUUAGAUGGGUAGUUCGCUGA